CUUUUAUAAACCAAUUUGUUUUUUUUUCCUUUAUUAUAAAAAAAAUCAAAAGAGAGAAAAAACAUUUCAAUCAGCUUCGUCUUCUCCAUUAUCUCUCUACCAAAUCUGGCAGAGAAACAACAACAAAAAAACCAAAGAAAGCUUAUAAUAGAGAAAAAAAAAGGACUCUGUUUUAGUUUUGUUGUUGUAUAUGAUGGAUAAGAGCUGUAACUCCUCCGGCGAUUCUCCCGCCGUAUCAGCCACUAGCACCGGUAACAACAAUACAGGGAACAACAACAACAGAGACAAUCAUUACCUAAGACAACUCAACAAGCUCUCUCAUAAGAUAUCAAAACCAACCUCCUCCUCCUCCUCCUCAGCUUCCUUCUCCGCCGCCGCCGUGAAUCAAGAAACUGAUCACCAACCGCAGCAACAGAUCAACCACGGGAAUCUCCACCAGCACCAGCCUCCCGUUUACAACAUCAACAAGAACGACUUCAGAGACGUCGUCCAGAAACUCACCGGCUCUCCCGCUCACGAGCGGAUCUCCGCAUCUCCUCAGCAGCCGGUUCACCACCCCAAGGCUCACCAGAGCUCGCGUCUCCACAGGAUCCGUCCUCCUCCGCUCGCUCCUCCCGGUCUGCUGAACAACGCUCUCAUCCCUAACUGGAGCGGCGGAUACGUCCCCAGACCGACGGCGCCGCUCUCUCCUCUCCCGCCGCUUCCUCCGGUUCACGCGGCGGCGGAAUCUCCGGUGUCGUCCUACAUGCGGUACCUCCAGAACUCGAUGUUCGCGGUCGAAUCGAAUCAUCGGAAGGAGUUCUCGCCUCUGGCUCCUCUGGUGUCGCCUCGGUGGUACCAACAGCAGCAGCAGCAGCAGGAAAACGCUCCGCCGCAGCAGAACAACGGUCGUCCUCCGCAUCCUCCUCCUCCUCCUCAGGGAACGGUCUCGUCGCAGGCUGCGCCGACAUCGGGGUGUUUGAGUUCGCCUAAAUCGCCGUACGGAUUGCUCUCGCCGAGCUUGCUUCUAUCGCCGACGUCAGGUCAGUUAGGGUUUCCGGUAUCGCCGACGACGGUGCCGCUUCCUAGCCCUACAUACAAAGGUCACUGAUCAGGAAGAUACGUUAAACGGCGUCGUUUUGAUUCACUUUGUUCUUUUUGUACAUCAUUAGUGGUGGAUGAAUUGUUUUUUCCUUACUCAAAUUACUUUGAAUCCUUUUUUUUUCUUUUUUACUUUCUUUUAUUCCCAUGUUUGUUCAUGUUAGAAGAAACAACGAUAAGGAAAAAGAAAGGAAUACACUUUUGUUGAUCUCAUCUA